AUGGCGACCGAAGCGAUAAUGAACGGCUACUACCGACCAGAAGUGGAAGUGAAGCCCGGGGAGAAGAUGUACGCGGACUUCAGCUGCUGCAUUGGUGGCUACCUUCCCGUGCUGAAAUAUUUCUGUCUGCCGCCCUGCUCUCCAUCCUGCCUCCGCACCCUGCGGACCAUGAGCAAGGCAAAGUCGAGAGUUCCUGUUAAGGUGGAGGAUGCCCGGAAGAAGCAGGUGGAGGAGGGGCUCAGCAAGCGCGACUUCUUCGACAAGUACGGCUUCGUACUCUUCGAGCACCCCACGAAGAUGGCGGCCGAGGAUUGGUUGAAGCACAGCAGCGUGGCUGGCGUGGAGAGGAAGCCGGAGCCCGGAGAAGCCUCGCCCGUCCGUGAGAUCUAUACCAAGGAACUGGAGCCCCUGGUAAGGGAGCUCCUCCCCAACGUGGCGGACAUCAGCUGGCCUUUCGGCGCGCUGAGGCGCGGCCCGGGUGGCCCCAACACAAGCUACGGCUUGGGCAUCCACCAAGACUACGGCCUCUAUCCCGCAGACCUCGACAACACCUACGACAAACGCCUCGGUAGCUUCGAGCAGUUCAUGGAGAGGUUGAAGGACCCCAGCACAGCGGGUUACAUGGUGCUGAACUUCUGGCGGCCCGUUUUGCCCAUGAAGGGUCCGGUGAAGUCCUUCCCCUUGGCGCUGUGCGACCCCAACACCGUGAAGGUGGAGGAGGUCCUCUCACAGGAGACCUACGGCUUCGUCGCUGGUGGCCAGGUCAGCACCUGUAUCAAGUUCAGUGCCGACCACAAGUGGUAUUACUACCCCGACGUGACCAAGGAUGAGGUCCUGGUCAUGAAGCAGUUCCAGUACGAGCGUGGCGUCGAGGCUCCUUACGACCGCAUCCGAACGGUCUUUCACAGUGCCUUCAAGCACGCGGAAGCCUCCCCAACGGAGGAGCCGCGGUGCAGCAGCGAGUACCGCGUGCCGGUUUGGCUGAAGUAG